AUGGCAGCCCCCCAACAACAACACGCCUUCCCCACCGAGCUCCCCGCCCGCCCAGGCGCAACCACCCACAACACCUCUCCCCAAACCCACAACAGCAGCUUCAAGUCGCGCGCGUGCCCCAACAUGCGCAGCUGCUGGUCCUUCAGCCUCUCGUCCUUCAGCCUGCGCACGGGCGGCGACCAGGCGCUGUUCGCGCGGCGGCUCUGCAUGCUCGUCACGCUCGUCAUCCGCACCGCCAUCUCCAUCCUCUCGUGCGUGUCCUACGCGGGGUACCGCCGGUGGGUGAGCUUCGCGAUCAACGUCGUGUUGGCGAUCCUGGGGUUUUUCUUCAUCGCGUGGUGUCUUGCGGUUAUUGGGGAGGCGAGGGGAUGGAGGAAGGUGCUUGGGUUGAGGGUCGGCCGCUGGCACUUCGACAUCUUCCUGAUCUUCGCGGCUUUGGCGCACAUCGGCAUCCUGAUCGGGUGGUUCUUUGGCCUAGGGAACGCGGGUGCGACGGGAACGUGGAUGAUCAUGUGGUUGCUUAUCUUCGGGGCGGCGUGGGUCGCGACGUGGCAGCCGGAUGAGCCUGCUAGUCAGGUUUGA